GCAACGUUUCUUUAAAAAUACACCGCUGUUUUCGUAUUUAUUAUUAUUAAAUUGUAAUUGUGAUAUUUAGCUGUAAUAAUAUUUUUAAGACAAUGCGUAGUGUAACGCUUUUGUUUUUUAUAUUGGCUGUCGGACUUACUACUGCUGCACAGAGAAAAGUGCCGUUUCCACCAGAUGUAGCGAGUGAUAUUAUUCAAGCAGCUUCUCAAUGUAUCCUCGAGUCUGGCGUCAAUCCUGACCUAUUGAUAAAGUUCACGAAUUUCGAUGGAAAAAAUGUUGCUGAAGAUGAACAAUUGAAUAAAUUCGCUUAUUGCACUUUAUUGAAAACCGGUUACGGGAAGAGGGACGGACGUCUAAAAUUAGACAAAGCGAUCGCAGUAAUGCCCAAUGAUGUUGAUAUAGAUACUGUUAAAAAGGUUAUGGAGAAAUGCAAUGAAGAAACUGGAAAAGACGCUCCGCAAACAACAUUCAGAGUAUUCAAAUGCUUAUCUGAAAAAUCUCCCGUACUAAUGACAAUGAUAUAAUUAAAACAUUAACAAAAUAAUGUAGUUUUAUGGAUAAUGAUGUAUAGUGAUCGUUCAUAUUUAUAGGCUUCUUUUAUAAGGAGCCAUGCUUUAGUGAUAUAGU